AUGUUGACUAAGCCUCUGCAGGGGCUCGCGGUGGCCCCCAUGACUCCUACGCCGCUGCCAGGAGGCAAGGAUCGGGAAGCGUUCGAGGCCGAGUACCAACUCGGCCCCCUCCUCGGUAAGGGGGGCUUUGGCACCGUCUUCGCAGGACAUCGCGUCACAGACCGACUCCAGGUAGCCAUCAAAGUGAUCCCCCGGAAUCGCGUGCUGGGCUGGUCCCCCUUGUCAGAUUCAGUCGUAUGCCCACUGGAAGUGGCACUGCUAUGGAAGGUGGGUGCAGGCGGUGGGCACCCUGGUGUGAUCCGCCUGCUUGAUUGGUUUGAGACACCAGAGGGCUUCAUGCUGGUCCUUGAGCGGCCUCUGCCUGCCCAGGAUCUCUUUGACUACAUCACAGAGCAAGGCCCGCUGGGUGAAGGCCGAAGCCGCUGUCUCUUUGCCCAGGUAGUGGCAGCGGUUCGGCAUUGCCACGCCCGUGGAGUUGUCCAUCGUGACAUCAAGGAUGAGAACAUCCUGAUGGACCUCCGCCGGGGCUGUACCAAACUCAUUGAUUUUGGUUCUGGUGCCCUGCUUCAUGAUGAACCCUAUACUGACUUUGAUGGGACAAGGGUGUACAGUCCCCCGGAGUGGAUCUCUCGUCACCAGUACCACGCCCUGCCAGCCACUGUCUGGUCACUGGGUAUCCUCCUCUAUGACAUGGUAUGUGGGGACAUUCCCUUUGAGAGAGACCAGGAGAUUCUGGAGGCUGAACUCCACUUCCCUGCCCAUGUCUCCCCAGAUUGUUGUGCCCUAAUCCGCCGGUGCCUGGCCCCCAAACCCUCUGCCCGACCUUCACUGGAGGAGAUCCUACUGGACCCCUGGAUGCAGACACCAGCCGAGGAUGCAUCCCUCAACACUCCCAAAGAGGGUCCCACCCCUUUAGACUGGUCCCUACUGCCCUAG